CAUAAUUUGGACUUCAUGGAACCUGCAAGUCUAUUGAUUCCAUGCCCUUUCACCUUCUUUAACUCUAUAAUAAGAACACAAGUAGUGUUGCAUUUUUCACCACCUGUAUGCAUGUUUUGAUCUAAACAUUGUGGCCAUAAGUCUAAGGAUCUAAAGGCAAAGCAUAUAAGUGGGAAAUUAAACGAUCAUGAUGAUGACAUUAGCUAAUAAGAAGAAACCUGAAAACAAGGGAAACCGAUUGGUUUCCGAGGUUUUUUCUUGGUCUCUUAGUGAUGUUCUUGACAGAAAUCUCUACAAUGGCAAGGUAUCGGAGAUUCCUAAGACAUUUUCUUCGGUAUCUGAAUACACCAACUCAUUCAUCUAUCCUCUUUUUGAGGAGACACAUGCGGAUCUUUUAUCCAACAUCCUAGGAGUCAAUCGUUGUCCUACCUUCAAGAUUUAUGAUAUACAUCCAGCUAAAGGUUUUAACAUUCCCAAAUCAUUGGUAUACACCAUUUUGCUUAGAAAAGGUCGACUAGGAUCUUACGAACCUGUGGUUGGAGAUCUUAUCGCGUUGACUGAUGUAAGACCAAAAUGUGUGGAUGAUCUCAAGAGGCCAAACAUGUCUUACCUUGUAGCUAUAGUUCAUCGCAUGAAGGUGAAAAGUAAUACACUUUAUGAACUUCAUGUUUUAUCAUCUAAACCAAUCAGUCUGGAUCGUUCUGGGAAUGAUGUAAAAAAUUUUGUUGUGUGUCUUACAAACUUGACAACAAAUAUACGUAUUUCGCAAGCACUUCACGCAGAGGUAGGAGAGAAAAAGAAGAUGUUUGAAACACUGCUGAGAGUUGAUUAUUCUGUUGAAGAAAGUUGUGUCGAGUGUUGUCUUGAUAAAACUAGAGACUUGUUUUUGUAUAAGAUAAAGGAAGCGCUUAAACGUUUUCAGCUUGAUAGCUCACAAGAAGCUGCUAUUCUGAGUUGUGUUGCUUCAAGAGCCUGCGGUCACAAGAAUACGAUAAAAUUAAUCUGGGGUCCUCCAGGAACUGGAAAGACGAAAACCAUCAGUUCGUUAUUAUUCAUGCUGCUGAAGAUGAAAUGUAGAACUCUAACAUGUGCUCCAACAAAUAUUGCGGUUUUAGGAGUUACUAAACGAGUUAUGCAGUUAGUGAGGGACUCUUUAGUAUAUGAUACUUAUGGUUUAGGGGACAUAGUUUUAUAUGGGAGUAAAGAGAGAAUGAAGAUAGACGAAUGCGAAGAUCUUUCUGAUAUAUACUUAAAUUUACGUGUUGAGAUUCUUUCUGAUUGUUUAGCUCCAUUAUCGGGAUGGAAAGGUUGCAGUGAGUGGAUGAUUCGUUUCCUUGAGGAUCCCGAGGAACAAUAUCAAUUGUACUUGAAGGAAAAGUUAAUAGUUGAUGAAAGUGAGAAUGAUGAUGAUGAUGAUGAUGAUGAUGAUGAUGAUGAUGAUGAUGAUGAAAAAGAUAAUUGCAGCAUUGAAGAUGAUGACAAUGAGGGAAAGUUGCGUACUGAAAAAGAGGAGUCGAGUGACUCGCAUAUGAAGAAAGCAUUGAAAACUAAGAAUUGGAAGACAGUCAUUGUAAGUACUUUGAAAGAUGAAAAGAAAGGUAGAAAUAACAAGGCAACAAAUGAAGAUGAAAAUGAGCAGUCUUCAAAGAAAGAUUCAGAUGAAAAGUAUUGUAAACACGAUCUUUUAACUUUUGAGGAGUUUGUGACAAACGGUUUCAAAUUUCUUGGAAAUCGUUUAAUAUUUUGUAUCGAAGGUUUAUACACACAUAUGCCAACAUCUUUCAUAUCAGUAGAGGUAGCAAAAGAAAUGGUUGAGCUUGUUAGUUCUCUUAAAAGUAUCAGUAAAUCGAUAAAACAAACAGUUGCAAUGAAAAUAGGGUUAAAAGAAGCCUUCAGAUUCCAGUGUUCAAAACUCAGAUACCUUCAAGAGACACUGCAGUUUCCAGAAUUUAAGGAAGAUUAUGAAAUUAAAAGAUUUUGUAUGGCAAAUGCUUGUUUGAUAUUUUGCACAGCAUCAAGCUCCAUCAACUUGCAUUCAGAAAAAUCAAAACCUUUGGACUUUCUUGUGAUUGAUGAGGCUGGUCAACUAAAAGAAUGUGAAUCUGUUAUACCUUUGCAGCUCAACGGUCUUCGCCAUGUUAUUCUUGUUGGAGAUGAAAGACAACUUCCAGCCAUGGUUCAAAGCAAGAUUUGUGAGGAGGCUGAAUUUGGAAGGAGCUUAUUUGAGAGGCUUGUGUUACUUGGGCAUAAAAAGCAUCUUCUAAAUGUUCAGUACAGAAUGCAUCCAUCCAUAAGCCGGUUCCCAAAUAGGGAAUUUUAUAACAAAAGUAUCUUGGAUGGUGUAAAUGUCAAGAGCAACACUUACGAGAAGCGUUUUCUAGAUGGAAAUAUGUAUGGAUCGUACUCGUUUAUAAAUGUAACUUCUGCGAAAGAGGAGUUUGAUCAGAGCCAUAGUAUGAGAAAUGUCAUGGAAGUAGCUCUUGUUGGUGAAAUUGUUGCAAGUCUUUUUAAACAAGCUGUUGCUAGAAAACAAAAGGUAAGUGUUGGUUGCAUCUCACCAUACAAGGCUCAAGUAAAUGCAUUACAGGAGAAGAUUGGCCAAAAGUACUCCGGAUAUGAGAAUUGUUUCACUUUAAAUGUCCGGUCAGUUGAUGGAUUUCAAGGGAGCGAAGAGGACGUGAUUAUUAUAUCCACAGUGAGAUGUAACGGCAAAGGAUCUGUUGGUUUUCUUUCAAAUCAUCAGAGAACAAAUGUGGCAUUGACUCGUGCCAGACAUUGUUUGUGGAUAUUGGGGAACGAAUCGACGUUGGUGAAUAGUGGAACUAUUUGGAAGCAUUUAGUUGUUGAUGCUAAGAAUCGUGGCUGUUUCUACAACGCUAGCGAAGACAAAAACUUGGUUCAAGCUGCUAGGAAUGCGUUGGCUGAACUUGGCCAACUUGAUAGCUUAUUCAGCACGGAUUCAUUACUUUUCAAAGAAGCCAAAUGGCAGGUGAAGUUUAGUGACACAUUCUUAAAAACCGUAGCAAGACUCACGGAUCAUGAAAUUUGUAACAAAGUGGUUUCUCUUCUGGUCAAACUUUCGGGCGGUUGGCGUGAACCAGAAAAAGCUGGAAACUGUAGAUUGAAUACAGAAGGAAGUUGUACUCUUAUAGAGGAGUAUAAGGUUACACAAGACUUGUGUUUGAUAUGGGCGGUUGAUAUUGUAGCACAAGAUUCUGUUUGCAUUCAAGUCUUAAAGGUGUGGGAUGUGUCAUCUGCCAAUAAGUUUGAAGAACUGUCAAAGAUGUUAAAGGAAAAGGUUUAUGGGAAUUAUACUGUAAAUAUGAUUAACCGCUGCAAGGAAAGACGCACUGAAGGGAAUUUGAUGCUUCCAAUUACAUGGCCUAUGAAUUCAGACACUGAUCAAAGUUGGUCAUUGGCAAGUCGUUUAGCUGCAUUGAGCUUGAGUAACCAGCCUACAUCAUCAUCAAGAUCGUCAAGUGACUGGAGGUUUGGUAACAGGAGAUCCAACAAGUAUGGUGAUUCAAGGUCUCAUGGAAGGGGAAGCAGGUGGUAAAGAAGCUCUUUUGUGAACCAAGUAUGAACGAUUUGAGGGUGGUGUGUUGAAGUUUUAUUAAUGUGUCUUGUUUCUUAAAACACUGAUGUGAAGUACCUUGUUUGCUGCUUAAAGAUUGUGUGAUUCUAAGUUUCUAAUCUUGCUCA